AGUUAGCAGUCGUAAGCCGCGAGUAGUCGGCUUCGGGCAGAUUUUGUUUUACUCGCAAAUUACAGUCUCCUAAAUAAUGUUCAAGUUACUUUUGUUGAGUUUGCUUGUCGUCUCAGUGGCAAUAGCGGCGGAAAGAAAUGGUGGAAAACGCAAAAACAGACAACCACCGGGCCAGUUUGCCUUUGGGGAUCCCCGUGGUGGGCAACCUUCGGAAUACCGAUUUGGACAAGUCGAAUUAAGCAUUCUUAAAAAGAUUUAUGAAAGUGAGCCCGAAACCAGCUUUACUUUCUCCCCAUUCAGCAUCCGCACGCUUUUGGCGAUGGUGCUGGAGGGCACGAAUGGCCAGACCCGCAACGACCUGGCCGCGGCGCUGGGAGAGACGCGUGGACUGCGUCGCGUAGUCCGCGAUACCAGCAGCUUCAGCGUUGGAAACGCUUUUUACCUUAGCAAUACACUCAACAUCAACGAAAAGUUUAAAGACAAACUCGUUUCCGAAUAUGGUGCCGAGUUCCAAUACGCUGACUUUGUUCGGCCCAGAAGCGCGGCUUACAACGUUAACGAAUGGGUGCGCAGGGUCACCGACAAGGGUAUCAAAGAGCUGAUCAGCCCUGACUCGCUCAGCCCCGAAACCGUCUUCAUGAUGGUCAACGCCAUCUUCCUGAAGGCCAGAUGGGACAAGACAUUUGAUUCUGAGGAGACCGUCCCUUACGGCAUCUUCCACGAAAACCACCAAGGUUCGCUGAAACCUAAGAUGGUGGACAUGAUGAAGAACUACGAAUACUUCCGUUACGGAAUAAUCGAUAGCUUGAACGCCAGAGUUGUGGAGCUGCCUUUCCAGGAUCCCAAAAGAUACUCCAUGUACAUUGUGCUGCCCCACGAUCCCAAGGGACUGUCCAACUUGAUUAACUCCUUGACUGCGGAGAGCUUCAACGAAAUCAUAAAGAGCAUGAACCACCCUGUGCAGAUGACCCUGUACUUGCCCAAAUUCAGCGCCGAAACCACGCAGCAGCUCAACGAUAUCCUACCACCCAAUGUUGCCCAAGUCUUCGGACCCAACGCCGACAUCUCUGGCAUCACUGCUGACAGCAAAGUGCAGCUCUCCAAAGUUUUGCACAAAGCUAACCUGAAGGUCGACGAGGAAGGCGCCACUGGAACCGCCGCAACCGCCGUGCACGCCAUCCUCCUGUCCAACGCUCCGCAGAUCGAAUUCAAUGUUUCGCACCCUUUCAUGUACUUUAUUGCUGAAAAGGUGCAAGAUAACAGAUACUACUCGCAGCCCAGCUCUGAAGUGAUCUUUAUGGGUUACGUGUCUAAGCUGGAAGACUCGAGGGAACUUCCAUCUAGCUGGGGACCUUUGCCUGAUAAGCCUGUUUUCCAGAGAAUCCAGAGGCAGAGACCACGAAAUUAAAGAUGGAAAACUUGAUUUUCCAUUGUUUUCAAUCAAAAUAAAAUACUUUGAAUAAACAUGCAUGCAAAUUUA